AUGAGUGUCAAACGGAAACUCUCAGAUUAUGAAGAAAAUCAGUCAUCGAUAACACCUUUUCAACGAGAUUCUUCAUCUUUCAACUGUAACAAUAGUGAUGAUGAUGACGACGAUGACGAUGACGAUGUUGAUGAAGAUGACGAAGAUGAAGAAGACGAUGAAGGAAGUUCAGGUGAAGAUGAAACUGUCAGUGAGGAUGAAUCAACAACACGUACAAUAGCAACAACACCUUCUACUAUAACACAAAGACGGCAUAGUGAUACCAUUCAUUCGUCUUCAACAUUGUCCUAUGGUACACCAAUCGUGAAACGUCGAUGUACAUAUUCUUGCAUGUAUGAUGAAGAACAAAAACGUUCUGUACUAGUUGAAUCCUAUCGAAAAUUACGUGGAGUUAAGAAACCCAAACUUCAAGUUAGUCUACUCAUAUGUAAUUUAAUCAAACGAUUGGAGAAAACUUUCACCAAAAGUCCUCCACUCUCCCAACCACAACAAAUCUCUUCUCAUCAUCAACAACAUGUACAGUAUUAUCAACAUCGAACAACAUAUCGUUCAUCAUCAUCAGAUAGUAUUUAUAUGUCAACAUCACUGCCUCCUUCUUUAGUCAAUGAUGAAAUUGAAACAACAACAUUAACACCAGUAAAUCAACAGUAUUCUCCACCACAUUCAUCAAUGUAUGAUUCGGAUAAAGUAUUAUUACCUAGUGGAGAUCUGAGAUCAUCAACUUCGAUGUAUCAUUCAUCGACAACCGAUGCUUAUUGGCUUGCUCAAUCGAAUUUCGCUGUACCUGUUGUAUCCACAUCAGAUGAAGAUGAUGUUGAUGUCUCCUUACAAGGUGGCGGUGAUUAUCUUGAUUUAAGUGACAACACUCUCGCGUCUUCCUUCUCAUCUUGUUCGACAUCAUCUCCUUCUGUAAAUUCAUCUUCAACAGAAUUAAUCACAACUUCAUCAUCGAUAUCAAAUGAUUGUUGUUGUUCUUCUUCAUCUUCCCCAGCUUUAACAAAACUACUAGUUGAUACUAACAAUAAUAAUCAUAACAAUAACCAUGAAGAUUAUUAUAUAUACCAUCAUCAUCAACAACAACAUCUUCAACAUCAUUCUCUAAUUCAUUCAAAUCAAGAAUUGUAUCAUUCGCAGCAUCAUUCAUCAUCAAACGAACAAGCAUUUUUCUAUCAUAAUCACCAUAAUGGAACUAAUACCGUUGAUAUUAUUACAACAGCGUGA